AUGUGAUCCGACCCACAAACUAGACCCGGCAUCAACGACUGAAUCACAACCGUCGAACAGUCCACGACUCGCAUGAUCCAAUCAUCAGCCAGUCGAAUCCACGGUGGACACCACAUCGGCUCUCCCCCUCUUUCUCUGCAAAUCCUCGGGACAACGACGCGGCCAUGUCGACGAUCCCAGGAACAAAGCCCUAACUUUCUCUCUCUUGCUCUUAUCCCAGUCAUUCACACAAAACUUACAGAAAUCCCUGAAAUUGACCCAUUUUUGUUGCUCAAUCUCUGUUUCGGAGGGAAUUUGUUUGAUUGCAAAGUUAUUUGAAUUUGUGUUUGUAGUUAAGGGGAGCGGUGUGGUGGUUGGGCUGUUGUGCAGCUUAAUUCUGGAUUGUAUUUGCUGAGAUAGGCUUCAUUCAUUGCGGAUGAUCAAAGUUACAUUGGAGGAGGCCUUGUAGCUUAAAUAUGGGAAAUAGUGAAGCGGAUAAAUCCUCUAAGGAGGGGAAAGAAGCAAAGGAGCCAAAAACUCCUCCCCCACAGGAGCAGAAUUCAGCAGCUUCUGGUGCAGCUGCUGCAGAUUGGACUGGGUUUCAGGCGUAUUCUCCGAUACCUCCACAUGGAUUCUUGGCUUCAAGUGCACAGGCACACCCCUACAUGUGGGGAGUUCAGCAAUUUAUUCCACCCUAUGGGACCCCACCGCAUCCUUAUGUUGCCAUGUACCCCCAUGGAGGGAUAUAUGCACAUCCAACUUUGGCUCCGGGAUCUUAUCCUUUCAGUCCCUUUGCUAUGCCUUCUCCAAAUGGUGUUGCUGAAGCCUCUGGUAACACCCCUGGAAAUAUGGAGGUGGAUGGCAAGUCAUCUGAGGGGAAGGAAAAACUGCCUGUCAAAAGAUCCAAGCGAAGUUUGGGCAGUUUAAAUAUGAUCACCGGGAAGAAUAAUGAAAGUGGAAAAACACUGGGUUCAUCUGCAAAUGGUGUGUGUUCUAAAAGCGCUGAGAGUGCAAGUGAAGGUUCAUGUGAAGGAAGUGAUAUAAAUUCUCAAAAUGAGUCACCAAGAAAAUCCGGUAGCCAUCAGGAUUCAGAUGAGCCAUCUCAGAAUGGUCAUGCUGCUCAUAGUUCCCAGAAUGGAGGGUCAGCUACACCACAUUCGGUGGUAAAUCAGACUAUGGCUAUCAUGCCCAUAACAGCAGCAGGGGUGGUGGGUGGUUUUCCUGGUCCCACCACUAACUUAAAUAUUGGCAUGGAUUACUGGGCUGCCACCCCAACAUCUGCCGCUCCUGCAAUGCAUGGGAAGGUGCCCUCUACUCCAGUUCAAGGAGGAAUUGUCCCCACUGGAUCACGGGAUGGCGUACAGUCACAGCUUUGGAUACAGGAUGAAAGGGAACUUAAAAGACAGAGAAGAAAGCAGUCAAACAGGGAAUCUGCUCGCCGGUCCAGAUUGCGCAAGCAGGCAGAAUGUGAUGAACUGGCCCGCCGUGCUGAAACUUUGAAAGAAGAAAAUGCUUCCCUCAGGGCAGAACUGGCUCAUAUAAGGGGCGAGUAUGAGCACCUCCUCGCGCAGAAUGCAUCUCUUAAGGAGAGGCUUGGUGAACUUCCUCGACAAGAGGAUCCAAGGUGCGGUCAGGAUGAUCGACACUCAGGUGAUGAUGCUCAACACCUUGGCCAAGCAGAUCACACAGAGUAGCCAAUGAGUUUUUGGCAUGGGGGCUGCUAACUGAGUUACAUGGCUUAACGUAACUUCUAGUGACAGAAAACCUCUGAUUCACAUUAGUAUUUUAGUCAACAAAAUUAAUCAAAUCUUACCGUUUCAGUCUUAGGAUGUGUGUGUCAAAUACUACUUAUUGUUGUCAUUUUGAGCAAUCUUUUAUCGCCUAGGAGUAGAGAUGGUACGUAGAGCGGGUAAGAUGGCUCUAUAUCCCUCUUAAAAUGGGAUAUUUUGCCUUAAUUUAUGACAUAUAGCAUUUUGCUGAAUAUGAUCUGGGUGGACAUGGUACUGUCAUCCGUGUUUAUAUUUGGAAAUUGCUCUGCAGCACUAAUGCUUUUUACAUUCAUAUUA